AUGCGACCCAACUCGCUCUCAUUGCCACUGGAUUGCGAGCUCUCCGAAAACUCUUUCUGCGACGGCCACGACGGCGAGUACAGUAACCAUCCCAAUCUCCACCACUGCUCGCAGCAGGAUAACGAACAUCGCUUGUGUUGUAACCAGGCGCAGUAUGCCCUAGGGAACAGCACGAGCGACAAUAUGUAUUUCGACCAGCUCGAAACACAUAUUGCUGAGCACUCCCAAGGCAGCAGCUUCUACAACGCACCCGUCGAUGGCGAUUCUGGUAGCAAUCAACUCCCACUAGAGCCUCCCACCAACUCAUUCCUCAACCAUUCAUACGGAGUCGCAUACACAUCCGCCCAACACCAUCUUCAAAUGGAUGACAUUUUCGACCAAGAGAUGAGCGAUAGCGAUAGCGAUGGCGAUGGAGGAGCUUCUGUCAGCCACAUGAAUGGAGUCAUUGGUGGCAAUUACAUGAUUGAGGCCAGCACAACUUACAACCAACACUACGCCGAUGGACUGGCUGAUGACGAAGGAGAAAUGGACGAGGAUGACGAGGAUGAGGAGUACGAUGAAGAGUACGAUGAAGAUGACGAAGACGAAAUGAUGAGCGACGAAGAGUCACAGGCGCCACCAACCUCGGUACCCAGCCUUGCACACUAUCUCCAUCCAAGCGACCAGCUGCCGUUACCGGCCAAUAUGCCACAAGAAUUGCUCGACGAAGCCCUCAAUAUACUACUCCAGAAUCCCCUGUCGGCAGACGAGCUAUCACUUGAUGAAGAUGAGGAGCAGAUGCUGCACGAUCCUUUCCCCCCACCCCACAUGAGCAACCCAAACCCGAGCAUAUUGGGAUCCGAAAACUACGGCCUAGUCGACUUCCUACGCUCCUGGGCCUACGGAAACGUCCCGCUAAUGUCCUUGAGGUUACCUCGGCCGGGUAUCCGUAGAGUCUUGAAGCAAGCCAAUAGCGGAGUGGAGCGUGUUCAUUACAGAGACCUGCGCGCCAAUGGCUGUGAUAUGCAAGGCCUAGACUGGGACAGUAUGAACACGGCCCGCUACUACGCCAGAGAAAUUCGUCGACAAACGUACAGGAACUAUGUGAACAGACCUGGUUCUGAUAUUCACAUUGAAACAAAAAACAAGAUUCCCUCAACCGAGAACUUCUUUAGGUUUUACAGAAUGGACGUUCGACGAGACAUUAGUCUUGCCCAUUUCCAGCUCCGGAGCGUUCUUGCUUGUCCCACUCGGACACAAGCGUUUUACCCCAGCGUCCAUGGCAUAAACGUGAUGAAUACGGCGACGAAAAAGACCACAUUGGCCAUGGAUCUACGCGCAUUCUCUGGUAUGACGGGCCCGGCAAUCUCGACGCUGGAUGCCGGCUGCGGCCUGUUGAUGAGUGGUACAUUCGGCGGCGACUACUUUCUGCAGUCACUGAGCAAUGAAGACAGGAGGAGCUAUUCCGAGGGGCAAAUAUCUACUAAUAUCAGCGGUAUCACCAACCACAUCAAGAUAUACAAGCCGAGGAGAUCCGACAGUCCCGCUGCCGCUAUCGCAAGCAAUGAUAAUCGUUUCCGCCUCAUGGACCUUCGGACAGAAAAAUUCACCUCUACUUUUACAUACCCUUUUGCGCUAAAUUGCUCGGCAAUGUCACCAGAUGGUCGUCUGAGGGUCGUUGUGGGCGAUGACCUAAAUGUUCUAAUCACCAAUGCGGAGACGGGAGAAAUCCUACAGAAGCUGGAUGGACACCGUGACUACGGGUUUGCCUGCGACUGGUCAGAUAAUGGCUGGACAGUUGCCACCGGAUUCCAAGACAAGACUAUCAAGAUCUGGGACGCUCGACGCUGGCAGAAUUCAAGCGGCAUAAUCUCACCGAUCUACACAAUAAACACUGAGAUGGCCGGUGUCCGAAAUCUGCGCUUUUCACCAACGGGCAGCGGCAAGCCGAUCCUUGCUGCUGCCGAAGAAGCCGACUAUAUCCACCUGAUUGAUGCCGGCACUUUCCGUUCUAAGCAAACCAUCGACAUCUUUGGUGAGAUUGGCGGCGUGGCAUUUACCAACGAGGGUCAGAAUUUCAACGUUCUCUGCUGCGACGCUCACCGCGGCGGGCUGCUGCAGUUUGAGCGCUGUAGCUACGGAGUUGAUGAGCCCGUCUCCGCAGGACAGCGGCGACCGCUCAAAGGCGACGAAGCCGACAACAACAACAACAAAAACAAAAACAACAACAACAACAACGACGAUGACAACAAGUACAAGGACAACGGAUCCUCAGCCACUUGGAAUGAUUGGCAACAUAGCCGGCCACCACCACUCAUGGAUGGCCCCAGUAUAUUUUAA